AAAAUGUGAGCUUAAAGAAAAACUAUAUUUUGCUCUUAGAUCUAAGGCCGAAAUUAAUGAUCUUAGCGAGAAGUUGCUAACUAAGUAUUUAGAGCAAGAGAAAGAGCUUCAGCGUUUUCUCACGAUUUCAUCGCUCGAAGACAAAUAUAUCAGUAAACCGAAUAUGAGAAAAAAGCGUGUAAGGCUUUGUGAGGAGGCAGAUG